AUGGCAUCAAGACCACAAGCCGAUGCAGACUUCGACAUGCUAUCCACUCAGCCCAGACGAACUUCAAAGAGUGUGAUAGCCUCAUACGUGCUGGAUUGGGCAUUCAUCAUUAUCCUCGUAAUCACAGGUGGCAUCCUCUACAAAAUCACCGGCUCCGAGCACGUCUUCUCCCUCGACGACGCAAACAUCUCCUACCCCCUCAAAUCCGACACCGUCUCCAUCACAACCGUCGGAAUCGUCUGCUGUGUCGUCCCCGCCGUCCUCAUCGCAGCAAUCUGCCUCCUCACCCCCCUCCCCUGGCCCCGUCGUCUCUGGGAAUGGCACGCCGGCUGGCUAGGCCUAGCCCUGAGUCUCGCGGGUGCAUUCUUCCUCACCUCCGGUCUGAAAGACGUGGUGGGUAAACCACGACCGGACCUUCUAGCCCGCUGCCAGCCCGAUCUAGCCAACCUCACUACCUACGCUGUCGGUGGACUGGGUCUUCAGCGUACAGAGUCACCGGUUAUGGUGACAUCGGCUAUUUGCAAGAACCCCGAUGCGAGUGUCAUUAAAGCUGGGUUCGCUGCUUUUCCGUCUGGGCAUUCUUCUUUCGCUUGGGCGGGUUUGCUGUAUCUUUCGCUGUGGUUGGGCGCUAAGUUCGCUGUGGCUGUUCCUGUUCGCUCCAUGUCUUUUAGUGCUGGAGGUGGCGAUAAGAAGACGGAGUCGUCAUUCAGCAGGGCGUCGGUGGUGGCUGCUCCGCCGUUGUAUCUCCUUGUACUCAUUGCGGUUCCUGUUGGUGGUGCGCUCUAUAUCUGUGCGUCGCGGUAUAUGGACUACAUGCACGCUGGGUGGGAUAUCUUGGGAGGUAGUUUGAUUGGGAUUGUGUUUGCUAUCUUGGGGUUUAUGUGGUAUCAUGCUCCUGCGGGACAGGGGUAUGGUGGAUGGGCUUGGGGGCCUAGACAGAGGAUUGGGGCAUUUGGGGCGGGUUUUGGAGACGGAGUAUGUACUGGAAGUGGGAGUAGGAAUAUGGAAGGUAGUAGACAUGGGUAUCAGGAUCUAGAGCUCGGUGCUAUGCGUGCCUCGCGGGGAAUUAUGGGAGGUGCUUAG